AUGCCUGGACCUACACCCGGAGCAGCAGCUCUUGCAGCGAGUUCGACUGGGGAUCAGCCGUUCAAGGAAACUAUCCUACAGCUGCUUAGCAAUCAACACUCGUUGAUGACCCGGAUGGCAGAACAAAUGGCAAGCAUUCAGGGGAACAUCCAGAAUACCAGUCGGAACGAACUAAUUCUGGAUUCCCUAGCGAGCAAUAUCACGGAAUUCGCUUACGAUUUGGAAAAGGGAUCCUCUUUCGACGCCUGGUUCUCCAGAUAUGCGGACCUCUUCGAGAAGGAUGCUUCCAAAUUAGACGACGACGCAAAAGUACGACUGCUGCUUCGUAAACUCAAUCCUGCCGCACAUGAAAGGUACACUUCAUUCAUUCUUCCAAAGCUUUCAAAGGAGUUUUCCUUCGAGGAAACGGUUGCCAAAUUAAAAACCAUUUUUGGUAGUCCGGUUUCAACUUUCCAUCGUCGAUAUCAGUGUCUGCAGACGGCGAAAGACGAAAACGAAGAUUUUAUCUCCUACUCCUGCAAAGUCAACCGAGCUUGUGUUGACUUCAAGCUGCAGGAGCUCAAAGAAGACCAAUUCAAGUGCCUUAUUUUCGUGUGUGGUUUACGCUCACCCAAGGAUGCUGACAUACGAAUGCGCCUGCUUUCGAAGAUCAACGAAACGCAGGAUAUCACCCUGGAAAAAGUAGUGGAGGAGUGCAAAAGUUUGAUAAACUUGAAGAAAGACACCGUUCUUAUCGGUAGUCAAUCUUCCCCCACCGCCGGAGCUGCUGCAACACAUGCUGUUCGAGCGAAUUCUCCUAAUGGCAACCGCCAUAAGAAAGAAAAGUUUGGUGGCAAGAAAUCCGACACGCCUAAAACACCGUGUUGGUCAUGCGGCGGCAUGCAUUUUUCCAGUCAGUGCACUUUCAAGAACCAUAGGUGCCAUGAAUGUGGUCGGACCGGCCAUAAGGACAGCUACUGUUCCUGUUUCGCAUCCAAAUCUGGCUCCAGAAGGAAGCAGCAAAAUAAUAAGAAGUACGCAUCAAAGAUUGUGACAGUCAAGAAUGUUAAUCGCAGCCGGCGAUAUGUGGAGACGGCUAUCAACGGAGUUCCAGUAGAACUGCAGCUGGACUCGGGCUCCGACAUAACCAUCAUUUCGAAACAAAAUUGGAUCAAUGUUGGAGCACCUCAAACAUCUCCACCGAACUGCAAAGUUCAAACAGCUUCCGGACAAAAGUUGGGUAUCGCAGCCAUGUUUCGAGCAUCGUAUACCAUCAACGGAACUCAAAAGGAAGGCUCAGACCUCAUGGAUGAGUUUGGGCUCUGGGACGUUCCAUUCUCAUCGUUUUUGCAUCUCACACUCAAGCCGGACGCUCAGCCGAUAUUCAAACCCAAGCGGCCAGUAUCGUACAACAUGGAGGCCAUCGUUGAGGACGAGUUGAAGCGACUGGAAGACUCAGGCAUCAUCACACCGGUAACCUAUGCAGAUUGGGCGGCUCCAAUUGUUGUGGUCCGCAAACCGGAUCGAUCCGUUCGCAUUUGUGCGGAUUUUUCCACCGGAUUGAACAACGCCCUUGAAUCUAACAGCUACCCAUUACCACUUCCGGAGGACAUUUUCAAUCGAAUGGCGCAAUGCACAGUAUUCAGCCAUAUCGACCUAUCAGAUGCAUAUUUGCAAGUUGACGUCGAUGAGGAAAGCAAAAAAAUGCUUACAAUCAACACCCACAAGGGUCUCUACCGCUUCAACCGUCUGUCUCCCGGUGUUAAGACUGCACCUGGAGCGUUCCAGCAGAUUAUGGAUGCCAUGCUGAGCGGUAUCCCAGGUACAUGCCCAUAUCUCGACGAUAUUUUGAUCGGCGGUCGGAAUGCCGAAGAACACAAGCGGAAUUUGUACUUUGUCCUACAGCGUUUGCAAGAAUAUGGCUUCACGCGAAUCGCCAUCAAAGGUGGGCUCACAAUGCUUCUAUAUGACUUCCGUAUAGAGUACAUAUCAACAGAUCACUUCGGCCACGCUGACAUCCUCUCUCGUCUAAUAAAUUCACACGUUAAGCCAGACGAGGACUUCAUUAUUGCGUCCAUUGAAGUCGAAACAGUCAUCUGUAACAUUGUUUGUCAAUCAAUCGAACAACUCCCGGUAUCAUAUAAAAUGAUUGCCGCUGAGACCAGUCAGGAUCGGACGCUGCAAAAUGUUAUUAAGUUUGUGCAAAACGGAUGGCCAAAAGACGCAAAAUCUCUCUCCGGAACUCCGGAGGCUCAUCAGUUCUUUCUGCGUCGAGAAUCGCUCUACUGUGCUCGAGAUGUACUAAUGUACAUUGACCGAAUUGUGGUACCGAAAACAUUGCAGCAGAAGGUCAUCCAGCAACUCCAUAGAGGACAUUCUGGAAUUGAUCGUAUGCGGUCAUUAGCACGCAGUUAUGUUUAUUGGCCCAACAUCGAUGAGCAAAUCACCGAUCUUGUACGCGCUUGCCAGCAAUGUGCCGCGGUUGCGAAAUCCGAUCCCAAAACUAAGCUCCAAUCGUGGCCAAUUCCCGAAAAACCAUGGCAGAGAGUACACGCGGAUUUUGCGGGCCCUCUAAACGACACGUACUUCCUGAUUGUUGUUGAUUCUUUCUCUAAAUGGCCGGAAGUGAUUCCAACCAAACGUAUUACCACCGCCGCAACGAUUGCUAGCCUUCGGAAAAUUUUCGGUAGAUUUGGAAUGCCGGAAGUUUUAGUGACCGAUAACGGAGCGCAACUAACAAGUGACGCUUUUGAAGGAUUCUGUGAGGCAAAUGGGAUCAUGCACCUCAAAACAGCACCGUUUCAUCCUCAAAGCAAUGGACAGGCGGAGCGCUUUGUUGACACGUUUAAGAGAACCGUUAAGAAAAUCCAAGCGGGAGGGAAAGACUUAGAUGAAGCACUCGACAUUUUCCUCUCCUGCUACCGAUCAACACCCUGUAGGAGUGCACCUGGUGGAAAAUCACCUGCUGAAAUUCUGAUCGGUCGUCCGAUGCGUAUAUCUUUGGAGCUUCUUCGACCACCGAGCAACUUUUCCAAAGCAACAAACAGCAACCAAGAUCGCCAGUUCAACAAGAAACAUGGUGCAAAAGACAAGACCUUCGAAGUGCAAGACAAUGUGUAUGCCCAAGUACACCAUGGCAACAACUGGACCUGGUGCAAAGGUGAAAUCGUAUGGCUUCCAUGUAUAGGCAGAGUUAUGUACAACGUAUGGCUUCCAGAGCAGCAACGUCUUAUCCGCUCACACAGUAACCAACUGCGGAAACGUUACAAUGACGACAACGUAGCAUCAAGUCAAGCUGAACCAAAUAUUCCGUUGGACCUCUUGUUAGGAGCUUGGGGUCUAAACCAAUCGAAUGGUUCCACUGCCGCAGCUGCAAUAGAACGUCCACCAGCUGAACCAGAAGGUUUCUCGGAAAUGCAACGGGAAUUUCUGCAGGAGCUUUUGAGCCAACGAAUCAACAACGUCGAGUACGAGUUCCGACUAGACCAGCCGACCCUAAUGAAGCGCUCCUGCGUCGCUCAUCGAGACAGCGAUAUGCACCUAUCCGCUACGAACCGUAUCAACUCUACUAAAAGGGGAGAAAACACUCGCGAAAACAGUGCACAAGGUACCGCUCCCCGGGCCUGCAGAAUCAGUGAAACGCCAGGCCCACCGAUACACGGGCCGAGUUGCCGCCGGAAAGUUGAACCACGUGUCUUCAGCAUCACCACGCCGGUACCCAAGUCGGUGCCAUUAGUUCCCGCCGUCAAAGUCCGUCCCAGUGCAUCACAUCCAUGUCGACCAACGAGCAACGGCCGCAACAGUGAAAAGUGUCCCUAA